AUGAAGAUAAUUCUGUUUGUUGUGAUGGUGGGCUACACCUCACUGCCUGUCAUUCUCUACCUGUUCCCCGGGAUACUGAGCCUUGUCAUAUUUUCUCACUUGGAGAGGAUCCCAUACUUUGUGGAUCUCAGCCGACCUGAAGCCUUACUGAGCCACACAUGCAACUUCUACCUCAACACAGAGAAGGGAGUCACAGUGGGUGUCUGGCAUACACUUCCUGCUAGCCAAUGGGAGGGGGCUGUGGGGAAAGGCCUGGAGUGGUACCGGGAAACACUGCGAGACGGCAGUCCUGUCUUUGUCUAUCUCCAUGGCAACUCAGGGACCAGAGCCUUAAAUUACAGAGUGGGGCUGGUGAAGGUUCUCAGUGCUGCAGGGUACCAUGUCUUCUCCUUUGACUACAGAGGUUUUGGAGACUCCACCGGGACACCAAGUGAGGCUGGAGUGACCCAUGACGCCCUUUACGUGUACAACUGGGUGAAGAAACAAAGCACAGGUCCCGUCUAUCUGUGGGGACACUCGCUUGGCAGUGGGGUGGCAACAAAUGCUGCAUUGAAAAUACAAGAGCAAGGGUCUGUUGCUGACGCUGUAGUCCUUUAUGCACCGUUCACAAGUAUAAUGGACUUGCUAGGCAACAAUUCACUCAAUAAGGUGUACAAGACGUUUCCAGGAUUUAAGCAAUUGCUUUGGAAGACAUUGCAAAAGAACAAACUUAAGUUUGCAAACAAUGAAAAUGUGAAGGCCUUGGAAAGUCCACUCCUUAUCUUGCAUUCAGAGGAUGACGAUACUGUUCCCUUCACGAUGGGUCUGGAGCUGUUCAGGAUAUCACUCCAGUCUAAGAAAGAACGUAACAGAGAUGUUCCGGUUAAAAUGGUCGCCUACAGUGCAGAUCUUAAAUACGAUCACAGCUUUGUCUAUUUAGAUCCCCAUCUAAAUGAUGUGGUCAGGAAUUUUCUACGGAACCUGUAAAAGAAGACCGCCUCUCCCACCUUCAAAAAAGAUGCAAUAGAUUCUAGCAUACCGAUUUAACCCUGUAAGACCCAGACAUAGAAAAAAAUGAGCAAUUUUUUUUGACCUCUCAGAUAUUGUUUUAGGAGGCCUCUGAUGUAACUUUUUAGGGAAAUGUUGUAAAUUUGUAAUGUUGGGCAUAGUUGGGAGCAGAACUUCUGUGUUUAUACUCACUUUGUCUGAACAGAUAUACAGAACAUUUAAGUAUUCAUUUGCAGGGUUGAUUGCUUACUUAGCCCCAUAACAGUAUAUAUCAUGAGU